AUGCGAGGUCUACAGGCGGUGAUUGACUCUCCUGUCGCUGCGGGAAACCCUAUGCUUGCUGGAAAAGAGGUUGAGAUUAAGAUGAAGUUCGACGAUAUGGUGGUGGACACGCACCUUCGACCUUCGACCUUCGAGGGACGAGACAAAAUCUGGCAAGAAGCAAUAGAAGCCGUCCUCCUCUGCGCAGAAGGCCUGACGACCGCGGCCCAGGUGACCGAUGCCAUCCUCCCAGAUUUCCCAAAUCUGUACGCUACUCGGAGCGCCUACUACACCCACUUGGCCCUAGAAGUCAACAUUGGCCUCUUCCUGAUUGAAGCGCGGAACGAACGUUGUGGUGAAGAAUCGCGUCCGAAGUCUUUUGAAGACCACCUGCAGGAAUUCGCUCAGCUAUAUGGGGUCCCAGUCACCGAUCAUGAUCGAGAGGAGAUUGCGCUCGGUCUUAAGGUGACCUUGAACUCAAUCCCUGCUAUGCUCCUGUACGGUCCGCCCUCACGCGCUUUGAGUACUUACAUGUCUCGUCUAGGAAUCCAUCGUAGCCGUCCCUGUCGGGGCGAGGAGAGGGUGCUAGGGAGUGGGACAGAAAGCAGAGAUGGAAAGGUUCGAGAAGAGGAAGAUACCUCUCGGUAUCUGGACGACUUCAUUUACUCUCGUAAUCAUUACAGAGCGAACACUAACCCAGUCCCAACCCACGGCGGCAACAUCGCCCGGCCUGAGCGAGUAACCAAAUUUGAAGCUACUCUAGGGGAGAGCCUCUGUCCACUCACCGACCAUAGACUCGAGGGUUUAGCAGAAGCACCACGUCGAAAGAAGGUGGAUCAAUGGGGUCAUCACUACCUUUCCACAAUUGCAGGCUUUUCCUCAAGACUGCUCGUCAGCUUAUGGAGGGAGGUUCACGCAACUUGGUGCAUUGAUCUUCUCUGA